AUGGUCGGGGUAUUGAUCGAGGAGCCGUUCUCGAUCCUGGCGCUGCAAGCCAUUUGCAACUCGGCUGAGAAGAACGUGGCGAAGGUGACCCAGGUGCACAAGGACUUGCGCAAGCGGCGCGUGCAAAGGGCGCUCGACGACGAGAAGCAGGCCGAGCACGAGCGUUGUCACGAGCAUGGGGCGUGGCAAGAGGUCGGCCGGAACGAACGGAGCAUCUCAUUGAGGGAGGGUACGUAG